CAAGUGUCGCUUCGCUCUCUCCGGCGCACUUGGCGAGCCGCUGAGGUGAGCGGCCGCGGCGCGGCGAGUCCGGAGCGGGCGGCUGAGGGGAGGCGCGGCCAGACCGGCGCUCCCCGCUUCUCCGCCCGCGUCUCCCCCUGUGUCCGCCGGACCUACACCCCACGCUUGCCCCCGCUCGUCCUCCCCCCGCACCCGGCUCCGCGCGCUCCUCCCCGGCCGGCCCCGCGCGCGGCGCGCUGGAGGCGAACGCGGGCUGAGCCGAGCGCAGUGGCCGCCGACCCCCGAGCACCCCGCGCCGCUCCCUGCAUGUGCGGCCCGCGGUGGCUCGCAGCCCCCGGCAGCAGCCUCGGCAGCUUCGGCCGCGCCUCGAGAGGCGGCUGCAGCGGCGGCUCCAGUGGCGGCCGAGCGGCUGAGCCCGGGCUGGGAGACAGGAUGCGCCGCGUCCUCCGGCUGCUCCUCGGCUGCUUCCUCACCGAGCUGUGCGCCCGCGUGUGCCGGGCGCAGGAGCGAGCGGGGCACGGGCAGCUGGCGCAACUGGGCGGCGUGCUGGUGCUGACGGGGGGCAACCGCUCCGGGGCCGUCUCAGGAGAGGUCGGCGAAGGCGUGGGGGUCUCGGACGCGCCCCCGACCCGGGCGCCCACGCCAGACUUCUGCCGCGGCUACUUCGAUGUCAUGGGCCAGUGGGACCCGCCGUUCAACUGCAGCUCGGGCGACUUCAUCUUCUGCUGCGGGACUUGUGGCUUCCGGUUCUGCUGCACGUUUAAGAAGCGGCGGCUGAACCAAAGCACCUGCACCAACUACGACACGCCGCUCUGGCUCAACACCGGCAAGCCCCCCGCGCGCAAGGACGACCCCCUGCACGACCCCACCAAGGACAAGACCAACCUGAUCGUCUACAUCAUCUGCGGGGUGGUGGCUGUCAUGGUGCUGGUGGGCAUCUUCACCAAGCUGGGGCUGGAGAAAGCGCACCGGCCCCAGAGGGAGCACAUGUCCAGGGCCCUUGCGGAUGUGAUGAGACCCCAGGGGCACUGUAACACUGACCACAUGGAGAGAGACCUUAACAUUGUUGUUCACGUCCAGCAUUAUGAAAACAUGGACACGAGGACUCCCAUAAAUAAUCUACACACCACGCAGAUGAACAACGCCGUGCCCACCUCUCCUCUGCUCCAGCAGAUGGGCCACCCGCAUUCGUAUCCCAGCCUGGGACAGAUCUCAAACCCCUAUGAGCAGCAACCGCCGGGCAAAGAGCUCAACAAGUACGCCUCCUUAAAGGCAGUCGCUGACAAAGUCAAUGACGACUUCUACUCCAAACGACGGCACCUGGCAGAGCUGGCCGCCAAGGGGAACCUCCCUCUGCACCCCGUGAGAGUAGAGGAUGAACCUGGGGCCUUCAGCCCCGAGCAUGGCCCUGCCAAGCAGAAUGGACAGAAGUCUCGCACCAACAAGAUGCCCCCGCACCCCCUGGCCUACAACUCCACCACCAACUUUAAGGGCUGGGAGCCUGGUGAGCAUUCUCUCCGACGGCAGGCCUAUGGAAACAAAAACAAGCUUGGCACGGCAGAGUCAGGCUCCAGUGACCCCUUGGGAACUCGUACCCAGCACUACCCACCCCCACAACCAUACUUCAUCACCAACAGCAAAACAGAAGUGACUGUCUGAGCUUUGCUACAGGGAAGUUCCCUGGAAACCACACUCAACUGAGAGAGGCAAAAAAUCCCAGCCCCCACCUUUCCUUACCCCUACUCCCCCCCCAAACACGCACCCACACAUUCUGAACAGGAAUCCACUGUAGACCUACUGGUGACACGGAAUCACAUUUUUCCUGAGUCACACCUAACACGCUUCGGCAGGCAGCUGAGAAAGACAGGAGCAUGGACAUUCAGCAAUACAGCAAAGGGGAAACGGAGGCACACUCUUUUUAAUGUCAAGCCCCGUGGUGGCCAACUCAUAUGCCCAAACCGUGGGCUCUAGUUCUUUUCCUCCUAACUUGAAACUGAUAUC